GUGGUAACGUCGUAGCAUACUGUCCCCAAGGCCAACUCCGAAAAUAGAACUCAGAGCACCGACGGUGUUGAAGGCAAUAGGCUAUACCACUGGCACAACACAAACAAAAACAAACCACAUUUGAGCGCCGAUUUCACAGUCUUAACAAGGAGUAGCCAUGGAGCAUGAAGGAUCGCACCGUUUUGCAAGGAAAAAGCGAAGGACUCGCCUCUGGCUAAUCAUGGGUCUCUGUGCAGUACUUUCACUUGUCGUUAUCCUCGCUAUUUCUCUGGGAGUAGUGCACAGUCACGUACUGUCUAGUUACAGCCCAUCGAGUGAAAGCCUAAAAAAAACGAUUAUUGACAAAUGUGAAGCAUUUAUACAGAACAACAAAUCUUCAAGUGCAAACAACUGUCAAAAGAUAUGGAGUGCAUUUCAGCAAGCAUUCGUGGGGAGGGACCCAUGUAAUGUACCGAUGGAGGCCUAUGACCCCCUUAUCCAUACUGUGAUCCAGGAUCCUGUCUGUAACAGGAUGUUGUUUUGGAGCAAAACAAAGAAAAUAGUGCAUGACUUCACAGAGAAGCGAGAUUGCUUCUUGACCCUCGAGGACACACUAGUCGGCUUCAUCAUGAAUGGACUGACCUGGUGUGGCAAGGAGGAGAGCAAUGAAACGUUCACCACAGGGUGCCCAGGCUGGACAGACUGUGUCAACAACACAGUUCGUUCAUUCUGGAAUCGGGCCUCAGCAGCAUUUGCAGAUGCCGCUUGUGGUGAUGUCACAGCCAUGCUGAAUGGAUCUAUUGCCACUCCUUUCAGCCCCACCAGUAUUUUUGCCACCAUCGAGGUGAAAAGGUUCAAAGCUGCCAAAGUGAAGAGCCUGAGUGUUGUCCUGGUGACCAAGGAGAAUAAGGGGACAACCUGUGAUGAUCCCUCCUUACAAGACCUACAGAAAGAGAUAGAGCCAAAACUCAAGUAUAAUUGCAAGGUGGUUCCUGAGUCUAAGAUCCAGGACUGCAUUUCCCACCCAGACACAGCUUGUGGCGCCUGCUGGUAAUAUUGUCCAAUCAGCAGUGAACAAGACGUGGUCGUCAAGAGUAUAAAUGGAUAUUAUUCCAUCAUGGAACCAUGAACUAAUAUUUGAGCUGUCAUCAAGCAGACCCGGGCCUACCCUGAUCGGCAUAGCUUCCAUUCUUUACAGAAGUUCUUACAAUUGAACAGUAGCGUGCCGUGGUUCUGGGGCCUGGGCCUUCAGUGACGUCCUACACAGUCCCACCCGAAUUAAUCCACCUCUUAUUACCAUCAUUAUGAUGCCAUGGCUCUAGACACUAUACAUUUAGACAGAAACGCAGUAUAACCAGGCGUUGCGUCACCUUGAAAUUGACAUUUUUAUUCAGAGAAUUGCAGGGGAAGAGUACAAUACCUUUUCAUUGUGCAGCUUCGUUGCCCUGCGCGCUUGUUCGUUGAGCUGUAGAUCCACUCGGGUGUCCCCAAAAGUUUUAAAAAGCACCAUUGUUUGUAAGUGCCCAGCCGUACUUUGGUGUCUCGUUGCUGCCUUGGUUAGACAACUCAGGUUUGCAAAGCCAGUGUGGCUCCUAAACACCAAAUCAAUCACUUGCAAAUAAUAGGCAUUCCCAGCAGUACAGUUUGCAGUGCUUCUCAGAGCCUGUCUUUGUAGCGUCGGCUUUGUAGCGUCGGCGUCUACCUCUCCUGACAAUGUCUAACUUUUCUUGAAAAGUUUGUCUUGAGAAUGGCGUUAUAAUUAUAUCCUCGACCAAAUCGAUAUCUUCCCCUUCCGCCAUUGUGGGUUGAAAAAACAGCUUAGUAGUAAUUCGUUGAUCAAUUUCAGUUUCCUAGUUCUGAGACCUGCCCAUAUAGGACCUGCCUCUCAAUAUUGGUAAUCCAAUCAAAAGACGUGCAGGCACUACGCCUGCUAGCUGGCUCCUGUGCAACACUGGAGCCAGCCAGCAGGUGUACAAUAGCCAACUCUAAAGCUGAUUGGUUGACACUAAAUUUUAAUUUCCAUUCACUUUAAGCUACAAGCGCCCGCACUGUUGUUUCUGAAGGCCUGAGGGCAGAUUUUAGACCCCUGGCAACACAUGACGGCUGAAUAUGAUAAAAUAUCUAACAUAAAGACCAGCCCUCCAAAUCUCAACCUGGGGCUGGAAGCAGUGCAACCAAGAGGAACGCUAUGAAAUGAAGAGUGUAACUCUUACUCUGGGGAAUAAUUUAAUACAUAUUUGUGGGAAAAUAUAUUUAAAACAAUAUAUAUAUUCUGAUGAUGUUUAGGCCAGCAGAGAAGGCCUUGCUGGCCCUGACGGCCCACCACUGCAAUUGAAUCAUUUCCAUAGUACCUCCUUUUAUCUUAAAUGACAAUUGCACCCUUUAGCAACCUAAUUUUCAUUAUCUCCAGCACAAUGAAACAUCAAAAAUGUAUUGUUGAUGAGAUUUGUGGUGACGCGGAGAGAAAGAAAACACCCUCAUUGCAGGUUUUGAAAAUCACAGUUUUUCUUACACAUUAAAAAAUAAAGGUGCAAGUUGGAACCAAAUAUGGUUCUUGAGAGCGAUACCAUAGGGGAACCAUUUUCAUGGGAUGGUUCUUUGAAGAACCAUACAGAAAUUAAAAUCCAAAAAUGUUUCGGCACUCCAAGACCAGAAUUUAAAAGCCCUGCUGUAGGUUUUUAAGCCUUAUUUGCAUAUUUCCGAAGGUGCCUUUCACAUUUAAAAAAAAAUCCCAAGUGUGCCGGGUAGGCAGUGUUCCAAUUUAUCACCAUUUAAUGUGUCCAAAGGUACAAAUCCCCCUUCCCGGCGGGCCCAGAGAGCAAAUGAAGUGCACUAUAAGCCUAACGCUGGCCAAUCGGAUUUCUCAUAGCAGGUGUAAAAAAAAAAUUAUAAUAAUAAUAAUAAAUACUACAGCGAAGUUGAUACUGAGAUUUCAAAACUUUUAAAACCAUGACUAGAGAGAGACUGUCAUCGAAUACAGCAGGUUGGAGUCAUUUUAAAACUCGUUUUUCAACCACUCCACAAAUUUCUUGUUAACAAUCUAUAGUUUUGGCAGUCGGUUAGGACAUCUACUUUGUGCAUGACACAAGUGAUUUUUCCACCAAUUCUUUACAGACAUAUUAUUUCACUUAUAAUUCACUGUAUCACAAUUCCAGUGUGUCAGAAGUGUACAUACAAUAAGUUGAAUGUGCCUUUAAACAGCUUGGAAAAUUCCAGAAAAUUAUGUUAUGGCUUUAGAAGCUUCUGAUAGGCUAAUUGACAUCAUUUGAGUCAAUUGGAGGUGUACCUGUGGAUGUAUUUCAAGGCCAACCUUCAUACUCAGUGCCUCUUUGCUUGACAUCAUGGGAAAAUCAAAAGAUAUCAGCCAAGACCUUUUUUUAUUGUAGACCUCCACAAGUCUGCUUCAUCCUUGGGAGCAAUUUCCUAAUGCCUGAAGGUACUAUGCUCAUCUGUACAAACAAUAGUACGCAAGUAUAUACACCAUGGGACCACGCAGCCGUCAUACCGCUCAGGAAGGAGAUGGGUUCUGUCUCCUAGAGAUGAGCGUAAUUUGGUGUGAAAAGUGCAAAUCAAUCCCAGAACAACAGCAAGGGACCUUAUGAAGAUGCUGGAGGAAACAGGUACAAAAGUAUCUAUAUCCACAGUAAAACGAGUCCUAUAUCGACAUAACCUGAAAGGCCGCUCAGCAAGGAAGAAGCCACUGCUCCAAAACCGCCAUAAAACGCUAGACUACGGCUUGCAACUGCACAUGGGGACAAAUAUCGUACUUUUUGGAGAAAUGUUCUCUGGUCUGAUGAACUAAAAUUUAAAUGUUAGCCAUAAUGACCAUCGUUAUGUUUGGAGGUGAAAGGGGGAGGCUUGCAAGCCAAAGAACACCAUCCCAACCGAGUAACACAUGGGUGGCAGCAUCAUGUUGUGGGGGUGCUUUGCUGCAGGGGGGACUGGUGCACUUCACAAAAUAGAUGGCAUCAUGAGGCUGGAAAAUGAUGUGGAUAUAUUGAAGCAACAUCUCAAGACAUCAGUUAAUGUUAAUCAGUUAAGUUAAUGCUUGGUCGCAAAUGGGUCUUCCAAAUGGACAAUGACCCCAAGCAUAUUUCCAAAGUUGUGACAAAUGGCUUAAGGACAACAAAGUCAAGGUAUUGGAGUGGCCAUCACAACGCCCUGACCUCAAUCCUAUGAAAAAUUUGUGGGCAGAACAGAAAAAGUGUGUGCGAGCAAGGAGGCCUACAAACCUGACUCAGUUACAGCAGCUCUGUCAGGAGGAAUGGGCCAAAAUUCACCCAACUUAUUGUGGGAAGCUUUUGGAAGACUACCUGAAAAGUUUGACCCAAGUUAAACAAUUUAAAGGCAAUGCUACCAAAUCCUAAUUGAGUGUAUGUAAACUUCUGACCCACUGUGAAUGUGAGGAAAGAAAUAAAAAGCUCAAAUAAAUAAUUCUCUAUUAUUCUGACAUUUCACAUUCUUAAAAUACAUUUGUGAUCCUAACUGACCUAAGACAGGGAAUUUUUUAGUAGGAUUAAAUGUCAGGAAUUGUGAAAAACUGAGUUUAAAUGUAAUUGGUGUAUGUAAACUUCUGACUUUCAUGUAGGUAAACUACUGUAGUUCAUGUUUAAGUUCUCACUCCCCACUGUCAACACUUUUUAUUCAACACUUUGGCUAUAUAAGCUAUAAAAUGCUUGUUCUUCUUACUUCCACUCGUGCUACAACCAGCACUGCAGCUGUAAUAAAUGAGUAGGAAAGUG